GUCCCUCCCUCUAAAACUACUCUGUGUGGGGAACAUGAGAGCCAGACCAAAGCUCAGAGGAAGAAACCUGGACCUGAACCCAGCUGUCCGUCUUUAAAGAGUGACCGUUCUAAACAACACAUAUUUGAAUUUAAAGAACAACCCCCUGCUGCAGAGAGGAAGCAACCUGGACCUCCAGCCAGCUGUAUGUCCUUUCAGACUGACCGGUCUGAAGAUCGCCCCAUUAACUUUACAGGACACCAAUCAUAUGCAGCAGACAGUAUCUAUGGGAGACCUGAUAAACUUGGAUGCAAACCCAGCAGUGUGUUCUUAAAGUCUGAUGCGUCUAAACAGGAAGACAUUGAUUUCAAAGACCAGCAGGCGUAUGAUGUAGAGAGUGAUUCCUCCAGAGAUGCCACCAGGGAAACUCAAAAGGUUCCCAGUGGUUGUUCUGCACAGCCACACCCAACACGCCUGGACUCCAUAUUUAUUCUUCUGGAGGACAAAAUCAUCACUUUUGUGAAGACUGAGCUGAAGAAGAUCCAGAAGAUUUUGAGUCCAGGUUGCCCAGAAUGGUCAGAGAGACAGAUGGACGAUGAGGAUGUGUUGACGAGGAGCAGCAGAGAGGCGUUUCUAAAAAUCACACUGAACUUCCUGAGGGAAAUGAAGCAGGUGGACCUGGUUGACCUACUGCAGGGAUCGCCUAUUGGAGCUUCUCAAAGUCAUAUAAAGUCUGUUUUGAAGAAUAAGUUCCAGUGUGUGUUUGAGGGGAUCGCUAAAGGAGGAAAUCCAACUCUUCUGAAUCAGAUCUACACAGAGCUCUACAUCACAGAGGGAGGGACUGCAGAGGUCAAUGAUGAACAUGAGGUCAGACAGAUUGAAUCAGCAUCCAGGAAACCAGACAGACCAGAAACAACAAUCAGACAAGAAGACAUAUUUAAAGCCUCGCCUGGAAGAAAUGAACCAAUCAGAACAGUCCUGACAAAGGGAGUGGCUGGCAUUGGGAAAACAGUCAUAACACAGAAGUUCAGUCUUGACUGGGCUGAAGACAAAGCCAACCAGGACAUCCAGUUCAUAUUUCCAUUCACUUUCAGAGAGCUGAAUGUGCUUAAAGAGGAAAAGUUCAGCUUGGUGGAACUUGUUCAUCUCUUCUUUACUGAAACCAAAGAAGCAGGAAUCUGUAGCUUUGAAAACUUCCAGCUUGUGUUCAUCUUUGAUGGUCUGGAUGAGUGUCGACUUCCUCUGGACUUCCACAAAACUAAAAUCUUAACUGACCCUAGAAAGUCCACCUCAGUAGAUGUGCUGUUGAUAAACCUCAUCAGGGGGAAUCUUCUACCUUCUGCUCAGCUCUGGAUAACCACACGACCUGCAGCAGCCAAUCAGAUUCCUCCUGGGUGUGUUGACAUGGUGACAGAGGUCAGAGGGUUCACUGACCCACAGAAGGAGGAGUACUUCAGAAAGAGAUUUAGAGAUGAAAAGCAGGCCAGCAGGAUCAUCUCCCACAUCAAGACAUCACGAAGUCUCCACAUCAUGUGUCACAUCCCAGUCUUCUGCUGGAUCACUGCUACAGUUCUGGAGGAUUUGCUGAAAACCAGAGAGGGAGGAGUGUUCACACAGAUCUUUAAAGAGGAGAGAGGACUGUACCAGGACAAGGUGUUCUGCUUCAUCCAUCUGAGUGUUCAGGAGUUUCUGGCUGCUCUUCAUGUCCAUCUGACCUUCAUCAAUUCUGGACUCAACUUGCUGGAAGAUCAACAGGCAACCCCCCAGAAGUCUGAAACAAGAGAAUCUGCAGCAGGAUACUUCUACCAUUGUGCUGUGGACAAGUCCUUACUGAGUCUAAAAGGACACCUGGACCUGUUCCUCCGCUUCCUCCUGGGUCUUUCACAGCAGACCAAUCAGCAUCCCCUGCAAGGCCUGCUGACAAAGAGAGAAAGUAUCUCACAGACCAGUCAGGAAAUAGUGCAGUAUAUUGAGAAAAAACUCAGUGAGAAUCUGUCUACAGAAAAAAGCAUUAAUCUGUUCCACUGUCUGAAUGAGCUGAAUGAUCGUUCUCUAGUGGGGAAGAUCCAACAGUCGCUGAGUUCAGGUAGUCUCUCCACAGAUAAACUGUCUCCUGCUCAGUGGUCAGCUCUGGUCUUCAUCCUACUAUCAUCGGAAAAAGAUCUGGAUGUGUUUGACUUGAAGAAAUUCUCUGCUUCAGAGGAGGCUCUUCUGAGGUUGCUGCCAGUGGUCAGAGCCUCCAACAAAUCUCUAUUGACUGUCUAUAACCUCUCCGAAAUAGGAUGGAAAUCUCUGUCCUCAGUUCUCAGCUCACAGUCAUCUAGUUUGAGAGAACUGGACCUGAGUAUCAAUGGCCUCGAGGAUUCAGGAUUGGACCUUCUGUCUGAUGGACUGGAGAAUCCACACUGUAAAUUGAAAACUCUCAGACUGAGUGUCUGUAGCCACUCAGGAAGAAACUGUGAAACCAAGUUCUCAGUUUGCAGCUCCCAGUCCUCUACUCAGAGAGAGCUGGGCCAGAGUCACAACAACAUGCAAGAUUCAGGAAUGAAGUUUCUGUCUGGAAUGAAGAAUUCAAACUGGAAAACGGAAACUCUCCGACUGACUUAUUGCAACCUCUCAGAAGGAAGCUUGGAAGCUCUAUCUUCAGUUCUCAGUUCGCAGUCCGGUAGUCUUGGAGAACUGGACCUGAGUAACAACAACCUCCAGGAUUCAGGCGUGAAGCUUCUGUGUCUUGGACUGCGGAGUCCACACUGUAAACUUCAAAUUCUCAGUCUGUCAGGCUGUCUCAUCAAAGACAAAGGCUGUAAUGCUCUGGCUUCGGCCCUGAGCUCCAACCCCUCACAUAUGAGAGACCUGGACCUGAGUUAUAAUCAUCCUGGAGAAUCAGGAAUAAAUCGUCUGUCUGCUGGACUGAAGGAUCCACGGUGGAGACUGGAUAAUCUAAGAGUGAAACCUGCUGGAGAACAAUGGUUGAGACCAGGUCUGAGGAAGUAUUCCUGUCAACUCACAAUCGACACAAACACAGCAUACAGAUACCUCAAACUGUCUGACAACAAUAGGAAGGUGACACGUGUGGAGGAGGUUCAGUCAUAUCCUGAUCAUCAAGACAGAUUUAAGUACUGGGAUCAGCUGCUGUGUAUAAAUGAUCUGAGUGGUCGCUGUUACUGGGAGGUCGAGUGGAAAGGAAAAGCACGUAUAUCAGUGAGUUACAGAAGAAUUGAAAAAGGAGGCAGUGAUGACUCUGUAUUUGGCUUUAAUGAUCUGUCCUGGAGUCUUGUCUGCUCUGAUGAGGGUUAUUCGGUCUGUCACAAGAAGAGGCAAACAUCCAUCUCCUCCUCCUCCUCUUCCUCUGUCUCUAACAGAGUAGCAGUGUAUGUGGACUGUCCUGCUGGCACUCUGUCCUUCUACAGAGUCUCCUCUGACACUCUGAUCCACCUCCACACAUUCAACACCACAUUCACUGAAACUCUUUAUCCUGGAUUAGGGGUUGUUUGGUCUGGUUCCUCAGUGACUCUGUGCUGAGCUGAGUGUAAAGAGUGUCCUCCUGUUAGAGAAACACUCUAACUGUUGAACAGAUAGUUAAAUAGGUACAUGUCCUUUUAAACUUCUUCCUCUUCUGAAAUUAAACAUAUUCUUAUGAA